AUGAGUAUCUACGAUCUUGAAGACACAAUCGACAACUUUUUCACACACGAGACGCAUGUGAAAAGACGGCAAUGUGAUGAAUUCGUCCUUUCCCGUGUCCGUGGGCUUGUGAAUCCCGUCCAGCUCCAGGGAUCGUGCAGCUACACGGUGACAGCUGGGACGGAAAAACCUAAGAUCUUUCAGUUUCGAGGCCAGAAUUACGAUAUCGAUAUGAAAAUGCUGUAUCUCGCCAAGAGAAUCCAUCCGCAGCUUGUGGCUAGGUGCAUAUAUCACGGGACAAUCGAUAAUCCAAGGGAUCCCGGACCAGGACACGUGCAUAUCUAUGAGAUGGACAAGCUUCCUGGAACUGCUUACAUUAUGGCACGCGACAUUUCCGCCAAUCAGCCCUCUGAGGCCAAAUUCUUCGCUCAGUCGUGGAGAAACAAUCAAUAUUCAGACCCAAAUGAGGCUGCCGGGUUGCUUUCAGAAGUUAAAUCCACUCUCAGACUACUUCUUCGAUCACGAUUUCCGCGACAAUAUUUGCCCAAUCUACUCAAAGUUCUCGAGAAACUACCGUUACUCUUCUCGGGAGCACUGCCGUUUGUUCUGAGUCACCAAGACCUCAACGAGAUGAACACGCUGAUAGACCCGGAAACCGGCAGCAUCACAGGGAUCAUCGACUGGGCCGAGGCAAGCAUCCUGCCUUUCGGCUUCUCGCUGUGGGACUUUGAGAAUAUUCUUGGCUACAUGGAUUCUGAAGGAUGGCACUACUUCGAUAACCGUCGUGAACUCGAGGACGCAUUCUGGCAGACCUUUUGGGCAAAAGCUAGCAAUAUUACGGAAAGUAAGAAGAAGUUGAUCCGGGUUGCAAGAAUGGCUGGCUUGUUUUACCGUUACGGUUUCAUCUGGAACGGUAAGACUAUCGACCGUGAAGUGGAAGCGUCCGACGCCUCUUCCAUAGCGUAUCUUGAUGCAUUCUGCAUGACUGAUGAUUGGUAA